AUGGAGCCCGCGCCGCAGCCGCGAAAGCGCUUCCAGCCGCCCUGGCUGCAGCGCGGGAAAGCCGAGGCCGAAGAGGCUUUAAUUCCUCUCCGCAGCAUUUCCGCAACACAAAAAAGAACUGCCACUGCAGGAUCGCCGGAAAGCUGCGGAGUUUCCGCCUCGGAAGCUGCUGCUGCAGCAGCAGCAGCAGCAGCAGCAGCAGCAGCAGAGGGGGAAGGCGGGGCCCCCGCAGCCCGCAAGCGGGCAGCAAGCCAGCAGCAGGCAGCAGCAGCGAAGCAGUUUUGCAGCGCUGCGCUGCUGCCAGCAGCAGCUGCUGCAGCAGCUGCUGCAGCAGCUGCUGCAGCAGAGUUCGCGGCCUUCAAAGUCCUGUACUGCAAGCGCUCUCUCAAGAAGCACAAGACCCACUUCGACGGCCUGCUGCUGCCCAGGGCCUGCCACGGGCUCCUCCUCAGCGAAUGGGCUUUCAAGACUUUGGUGGUUUGCCCCACGAGCCUGAAGGCCAACUGGCGCAGCGGGUUUGGCGCUGAACUCGCUCUAACUUCUUCAGAGUUCAAGAAAUGGCUCGGCAGCAAAGUGCAGCUGCUGCUGCUCUCCGGCUCUGCCCAGCAGCUCUCCGACGCCGUUUGCUGCUUCGCCUUUUCCAAACGCAACCAAACCCUCAUUGCUUCUUACGAGGACAUUCGGCGCGUGGAAGUGCCGUGCGUGGUGGACCUUCUGAUUUGCGACGAAGGCCAUCGGCUGCGGUCUUUGCAUUCGCAGACUUCGCUGCGGCUGCAGGCGAUUCGCAGCAAGCGGCGGCUGCUGCUGUCAGGUGCGUUUUGCUGCAGCAGCAGCAGCAGCAGCAGCAGCAGCAGCUGUGUGCAGCAGCAGCAGCAGCAGCAGCAGCUGUGUGCAUCGCCUGUCGCUUCAGGAACUCCGCUGCAGAACAAUCUGGAGGAACUCUACAGCUGCUGCUGCUUCGUCCGCCCCGGGGCUUUGCCGGAAGCAAAAGUUUUCAAAAAAGUUUUCCUGGAGCCCAUUUUGCGGGGCUGCCGCCCCGCAGCAGCAGCAGCUGAAGUCGAGCUCGGUGAGUGCAGCAGCAGCAGCAGCAGCAGCAGCAGCAGCAGCAGCAGCAGCAGCAGCAACAUGCGACUCUGCGCAGCCAGGGAACGCGAGGCCGAACUGAUGGCGAAAAUGCAGCAGCAGCAGCAGCAGCAGCAGCAGCAGCAGCUUUCUCCAACUUCAACUUCGCCCAUCUUCCGCAGCCGCCUCGUCAUCUCCCCCGAAGCUUUCUUUGCAAAACGCGCAGAGGCCCUCGCCAACUUCAACCAGCAAGCCCCCAGCAGCAACAGCAGCAGCAGCAGCAGCAGCAGCAGCAGCAGCAGCAGCAGCGAGCCAGGACUUGCAGAGCCUUCGAACAAGUUGCUGCUGCUGCUGCACCUCCUGUCGAAGCUGCCAGCUGAAGAAAAGAGUGCAGCAGCUGCUGCAGCAGCAGCAGCAGCACUGCCUGCGGCUCGACGGGUCCACCCCCGAAGCAGAAAGGGGGGCCCUCGUGGACCUCUUCAACAGCAGCAGCAGCAGCAGCAGCAGCAGCAACAGCAGCAGCAGCAGCAGCAGCAGCAGCAGCAGCGGCAGCAGCGGCAGCAGCAGCAGCAGCAGCAGCGGCAGCAGCAGCAGCAGCAGCAGCAGCAGCAGCAGCAGCAGCGCGAGGGUCUUUCUGUUGUCUUCGAAAGCCGGGGGAACUGGCAUGAACUUGACAGGCGCCAGCCGCCUGCUGCUCUUCGACCCUGA